ACUGACGGGGUUGUUGUGUUGUCCGGGUUUCAGGCGGCGGGGAAGGAGCCGCGGUUUAAGUAGCGGAGAGGAGGAGAAGGAGGAGGGAGAGGGGCAGUGGUAGGUCGGCAUCAGAUUGGCGCCGGCGCCAUCCCCUGCCGGUGUGCGUGAGACCGGGAACCCGACCGGCAGCAGGGCGAAGAGACCGACGGGCGGAGCGUCGGAGCCUGCGAUCUAGCCCCGCCCUCCGGUGCUGAUUGGUAGAUCGGGAGGAUGGCUGAGCUGCACAUCAUUGGACAGAUCGUCGGAGCAAGUGGCUUCCCUCAGCACAGCCUCUUCUGCAAAUGGGGACUACACACAGGGUGUGCUUGGAAGCUCCUGUCUGGUUUAAAGGAAGGACAAACACAGGUGGACAACCCAGUAAUCAAGGAGAUGACUUACUGGUCCCAUCCUAUUGAUGUGCACUAUGCAACCAAAGGGCUCCAAGGCUGGCCCAAGCUUUUCCUGCAGGUCUGGCACCAGGACUCCUUCGGCCGGAGCGAGCUCUACGGGUACGGUUUCUGCCACAUCCCCAGCAGCCCUGGCUUCCACCAGAUAGACUGCGUCACCUGGCGGCCCCUGGGCACCUGGCAGGAACAGCUGUCCCAGAUGUUUGUUGGCGGCGGUCCCCAGCUGAAACACAGUGACCUGAUUUACACUGGGGCUGACCGCUACCGGCUCCACACUGUGGCUAUGGGCAGCGUCCACCUGCAGCUCAACAUCAUCCUCCGCAACUUUGACCGCUACGGGGUGGAGUACUGAGUGGUGCGCAGGCACCGCCCCAGGGAGUGGACGUUGACUGGGCACAGGGAUCCACCGCACCUUCCUCCUGAUGCCUCUCGUCUGUGAGACCAUCUUCCUCGUGUGCAAGAUCCUCCUGCCAAACACAUCUGCUUCACAGAGGUCCCAACUCCACCUCUGCUGCACGGGACUCUAUGCCUGUCCAUACAGAUAAGAAAUAACAACAAGUAUAGGCCAUCUGGCCCAUCUAAUCUGCUCUGUUAUUUGGUAAGAUCAUGGCUUGUCUGAUCUUGGACUCGGUUCCACCACCCUGUCUGACUGCCAUAACCCUCAACUCCGGUUCAAAAGUUCGUCAGUCUCCGCCUCUACGGUCUUUGACCAUCACAGCUCUCUCUUGGAUAGGGAAUUCCCGAUUCAUAAUCCUGAGAGAAGGAUUUCCUCCUCAUCUCCAUCUUAAAUGGGGGAUUCCUUAUUCUGAAAUUAUGCUCCCCCCACUCCAGUUCUAGGUUUCUCCUCAAGGUGAAAUAUCCUCUCAUCCUUAAACCUAUCAAACCUCCUCAGAAUCUAGUAUGUAUCAUUAAUACGCCUCUCGUAUUUAUGAACUCCCAUGGGUAUAGGCCCAAUCUGCUCAUUCUUUAUUCAUCAGACAACCUGUUUGUCCCAGGAACCGACCUAAUCAACCUUCCUUGAACUUUCUCCAGUACAAGUAUAUCCCUCCUUGGGAAGGGAAAGCAAAACUGUAUGGAGUACUCCACGUGCAGUCUCAUCGAUGAAAAUAAAACAAAAUGCAGAUGCUGGAAAAGGAAAAAAUGAGAAAAUGCAGGAAACACUCAUCAGGUCAGGUAGUAUCUGCUGAGAGAGAAACAAAGUUCAUGUUUCAGGUUGAAGACUCUUCAUCAGAAUUUGGAUACAGAAAAAUAAGUUGGUUUUAACUGAAACUAAAAACUUUAUAACUAACUUUAUUCUCUGUGUUCCAGUUCUGAUGAUGAUCUUCGAACUGAAAUUUUAAUUCUGUUUCUCUUUCCACAGAUGCUGCCUGACCUGCUGAGUGUUUCCAGCAUUUUCUGUUUUUGUGUGUGUGUGUGGUCUCAAUGCCCUGUAUACUUGCAGUAAGAUUCUCUACUUUUGUACUCCUUGCGAUAAAAGCCAAUGUCCUUUUUGCCUUCCUAAUUACUUGCUGUAAUGGGUAUUGAUGGUCCACUAAUUAACCUAUCCCCAGCAUACUAACUGUUGCUGUGGGCUGGGACACAUACUUUAAAUCGAUCCUGGUUCUUUCCAAGCAUUGGUUCAAUCCCCGGUUGUUGCAUUUACUACUGCAAAUUGGAAUACUUUUUGUCAAAUCUUCCCAAGUGCUGUGUUGGCUGCUGAGCAAUGAUACCGCUUGGGUCUUGACCCUGUUUGGCAUCAGAGGGAGCCCACACAGUCUGGAAUAUCUUGGGCCUGGUGACCAACCCCUACAGAGUUUGUUGCCGGUCUGGGUGCUGAUGUUGGGUGAAUAUUCCCUCUCUUGAUCACCAGCAGUUGGCUGUGUGGCUCAAUGACUUCCAACUAAUGACCUUGUGGGUUGUGUCUUGCUCAGGUUAUUGAAAAUUCUAAAUUAAACAGGGAAUUGUGUGAUUUUGUUUUUUACAAAGAUCUCUCCAGUGAUGUCACUGGACUGAGGCCUCCUCCUCCUCCCUUCAACUUGCACAGAGAAAGCUACCCAUUGAGGUGAGGUGCAUAAAUGAUGCCAGUGUACUUCAUUGAGGGGUGCCCUCUGUGGACACGUACCCCUUUGUUGGGGGAAUGUAACAUGGCUGCUGAUUUGAUUUCACCCAUGUUACUCCAUGUUACUCUACCACACAAAGUCAGGAUCUAACCAUGGUGUAAUUCAGAAAAAUUAAUCAAUGUUGUGAUCUGCUAAAUAGUAAGGUCGGCUGCAGUGAUUUAGUACUUGCGAUUUGCCCAAAGCAAACAAGUUCUCUUUCUCUCCCUCCUGGCUCGACUGUGUGCUUUUAUCUUCUGCCUCUAUUCUCAGGGCUGCAUCCUGAUUUUCAUUUUCGCGCUCUCGCUCUCCCUCUCCCUCCUGCCCUCACUUUCCUCUCUAUCCUGUACCGUGCCUCCUCUAUUACACAGCACUAGACCCAUUGUUUCCAUGUGUGACUGCUCUGUGCAGUAGAACUGUAUACUGUGUAAUGAAGAGUUUUUUUACCAGAAAUUUAUUACUCCAUGUAAAUUAAUUUUUUAAAACAUUAUGUUGAUGUGUCCAUUGUACAUAACUAAAUAAAUAGUCUUUUCUAA